AUGGAUUCAAUGAGGUCGUUGAACACCUCGCUGCCGGCCUCGACUCCUCGCCCGCAGCCAUCCGAACAACUGCUCCAAUCCUUUAAAGCGGCUGCCUUGUCCGUCACCAAUCUUUACAAGAACGCCGUCUGUGAUCAGGCUCGGGCACGCUCUGCUGGUUAUCAAGAUGCCAUUGAAGACUUACUUCAUUUUUUGGACAAGGAGAAUCUUGGUCUGGACGAUGGAGAGGGCUGGACAGUGCGACAAUGGGCAACGGCAAAGUGUGAUGGGACCGGGUCUCUGACAGGUGAAGACGACGACCGAGUCGAUUCUGAGAAGUCUGAUCCCACUACUGCGUCAACAAAGACUUAUGCGGAUUCGUCGAGCCCAGAGACACUAUCUCGUCAGCUGCCUGUCCCUGGCGCUACUGCCGUCACAGAGCCCUCAUCUCAGCCUGACAUGAUUUCGCCCGCGCCACAACCCCAGGAGACUGCUGCAUCGUCCACUAUGUUCACAUUCACUGCCGGCCCAACUUUUCCUCAGUAUCAAGAGCUUGACAUAGACAUGCAACCUACAGACGAUUCCAAGUCUCCAUUGCCAGAACGGUCUCCGGUCAACGUCCCCUUGAUACCCCGAACGCCCCGCCCGCAACGUCAUGCCCACUCGCAUGCCUACGUGAAUUCGCGAACUCCACAACGAGAGACCCCUACACACUUGGGUUCUAAGAGAAAGCUCCCACUUCCGGACUUCUUUGACUUUUCCGAUCUAUCGAGCGGAAAGGACAAUAUGUCGAGCGGUGGGAAACGUGGCCGGUUCACCUAA